CCUCUAAAGCCUUAAACUCAGCCCAUCUGAAUCUGUCUGUCCCGUCAAACUAUUACAUUUAAUAUGGACGCUUUGUUUUUCACGGCGAUAUCGGCGUUUCUGCGAUUUGCCGCAACGGACGGCUUCCUCAUUGCCCACUCGCACAAGCUGCUUUGUCUCGUAACAAGAAAUGUGACGGUCCAAUUGGGCAAAUGCGAUGCGACGGACCCGGAGCAGCAGUGGAGGUGGACUGGGGGCAUGAAGCUCCUCCACCAGCGCUCCUCCCGAUGCCUGUGGGCUGAGAGCAGCCUCGCCGUGCCUCGGCACUCCCGCCUGGCCGCCCUCACCGACUGUGCCAUCUCGCCAGCCUGGCGAUGCCACGACACAAAGGGCACCCUGGGGCUGGCCAGCUCUGCCAUGUACCUGAUGAAGCAAGGCUACAGAGCUGUGCUCAGCGAAGAGCCCAGAUACUCCAAAUGGACCAGGUACAAAGGGGAUGGUCGGGGGAGGAUGCUGGAAACGCCUCUAUGCCCGCCCAAAGAUCCCCCAGUUUACACAACAACUGCAGCAAAUUCCUCCUUUUCCGCCACCAUAUUCAGCGGUAAUCCAUCAGAUACCAACACUGGACCUGUCUCCUCUAGAGCAACACGUCCAGCCCUAUCAACAAGCCACACACCUUCAAGAAGCACAAGGACCAAUACAGUGGCAGAGCACCAUGUUAGCUCCGCCUCCAGUACCAGAGCUCUCUACACUGGUGCUGCUACUCGGAUUCGGGUCCGAAGGACCAGCAGCGUGGGGCUCCUGACCAGCAAUUCCACACCUCCGGUUACCAGGACCAGUAGAGUCAGCCAUAGAGCCCAUACAUACGGUCCCAUGCCAGCCACCCAGCACUCUGAAAGUAAGAGCCGCACACCAUCCACUGCAGGCACUAGUGCACUGGCAAGCUGGACAACUUCUGAGGAUUUCCCUACAAUCACUGAUAUUCCACUCGGGACAGCUAAAACUCUGCGAGAGUCACAUAUGACUCGUACCUCGACUGAUGCAUUCCCAUCUAAGAGCCCUAAGACCCUCAGAAAUACUCCAAAUUCAAGUGCAACCACUGAGAAUCUCAUCAGGAGUGCUACAACAGGUCAAGUAGGCAGGCCAGCAUCUUCCAGAUGGUCUGCUGCAGCUAGAAGUGUGACAUCUGCUCUUCUCAAAGUGUCUACAGCUGAUGGAGCUGCUUCCAAUUUCUUUGCCCCACCUGCUAUGAUUGCUGGGACACUCACCAUAACCGCAGCACCACCCAGUAUAUCUUCAGCUCCAGUGAGCAUUUCCUCUGCUGCAGAAACUGUUGGUCCUAUUACCUCGGCAGCUCCUACUAUGGCACGGGCUGAAACUAUUGUGCUCAAUAGAACUGAUGCAGUGCCUGACCCUACUGUAAAUCCCACUGUGACUGAUACAGCGUCUACUGUGGGCAUAGGAACUCCAGCUCCCAAUAUGCCCACCGUUUCUGUAGUUCCCUCUAUGACCACCACAGAGCCCACCAAUACUGUAGUUAACUCUAUGACCACCACAGAGCUGACCAAUACUGUAGUUCCCUCUAUGACCACCACAGAGCCCACCAAUACUGUAGUUAACUCUAUGACCACCACAGAACCCACCAAUACUGUAGUUAACUCUAUGACCACCACAGAACCCACCAGUAUUGUAGUUUCCUCUAUGACAUCCACAGAACCCACCAGUACUGUAGUUCACUCUAUGACCACCACAGAACCCAUUAAUACUGUAGUUCCCUUUAUGACCACAGUAGAACCCACCAUUACUGGAGAUUCCACUGUGGCCAUCACAGAACCCACCAUUACUGUAGAUCCCACCAUUACUGUAUUGCCAACUAGCACCACCAUAGAACCCACCAUUACUGCUGACCCCACCAUGACCACCACAGAACCCACCAUUACUGUGGUCCCCACAACGACCACCGCUGAAUCCACCAUUAUUUUAGAUCCCACUAAGACCACCACAGAACCCACCAUUACAGUAGUUCCUAAUAUAACCACGUCUAUAAACAGAAUGGGUACCUUUGCCUUCAGUAUGGAAAGUACUGAAGCUAGCAUCAUGACCACAGUGACCUCCCUUGACCCUUCCACUAAAACUGCUGCUGUGUCACCCAUCACUAGCGAGGUCACUCCCCGCUCAAGAGCUGGGACCUCAGAGGAAUCCUCUUCAGCUGUCAUUGUCAUAUCUACUUCUACUGUUCCAGCUCCCAACUCAAGUACCACAGAGGCCACCAUGACUAAUGCACCUCCUUUCUCAACUACAGCUAUGCUUCCCACAAGCACCAUUACGUCAUCCAGCAGUAAUAGGGUACCACCCACUAAAGCUACUACAGCAUCUACCAUUUACACCGUAGGUCCUACCAAAAAAUUUUCAGCAUCUACAAUUUAUAUUGUAGGCCCUAACACUACCAAUCCAUCUCCCGUUACCUCAGCAACCCCCGCUACAGCCUCUACAACAUCUCCCGUUACCACAGAAACCCCCAAUACAGCCUCUACAACAUCUCCCGUUAUCACAGAUGCUCUUACCCAUAGCACUUCAGCAUCUCGCACUACUACUGUAGCUCCUUCUACUUCGGAGCUGACAGGGACUCCAACUUCCACCACAACCAUCAGAACUAAACAGUGUGAGACCACAGAAAUUAUGAAGUGUCUUGUGAACAUUACGGAGUCCCACGCCAGUACGGAGUCGGCUUUGUUAAAAUGGACUACUCCUGGAGAAAUGUGCAAUUUCAGUGUCGUUGUUCUGGACGGCAUCUUUGGAAGCGUGGAUUGUGUCCGGGAAGAAGGACAAGGCAAUGCGCACACCUGCGAAAUCAGGAGUUUACAACCUGGGACCGUGUAUCACCUCGAAAUAAUGUCGAAGACAGACGGACGGCGAGUCAAUGUGUCACUGCAAACAGAUCCACAGGAACCAGCCAGUUUGGAUGUCCAGCUUGACCAAAACCGGACCUCAGGGCUGCGGGUGUCGUGGCCACGCUCCCCAGGACAGGUGGACUGGUAUGAGCUCACCCUGAUGGACACGGAGACGGGGCAGACCCAGAGUACCGUCAUCGAAGGCUCCGCCGAACCUCAGUCCGGCUUCUCCGCCCUCAACCCCGGUACCCGCUACGCCCUCACCCUGGUGGCCAUAGCUGGCAACAAGACCUCUGCAGCCGUGCAGACCACCGCAGCAACAGCUCCGUCUGCAGUCAGCGGCCUUCAGCUCACUCCGUUCUUCAACACCCUGGGCGUUUCCUGGAAGCCGGGCCCUGGGCGGGUUGAGCGUUUUCAGCUGCUGUUGAUGGGCCAUGACCAUGACAGCCUGCGGCAGAAUGUGACACUGGAUGGCAAUGCCACCUCCUACACCCUGAGCGGCCUGGUCCCUGGACAUCAGUACAACGUCACCUUGGUCUCAGAGUCAGCAGGGCAGGAGAGCGCCAGCUUCGCACAGGUUCAGACGGCUUGGGCCAUGGUGACAGGACUCACCCUGGAGAAUGACGGCAGCCAGAGCAGCCUGACGGCCAGGUGGAAGCCGGCCCCGGGAGAUGUGGAAGCCUACCGGCUCCAGCUGACUGGCCCAGGUGCCCCCCCCCGGCCGAGGGACCUUCCCCCCAACAUCUCCAGUGUGGUCUUCAACAACCUGAUCCCUGGAGCCGCCUACCGAGUCUCUCUCAGCACGGUGAGCGUGAAGCAGUCUCCACAGACCAUUGCCACUGGGAGGACAGCUCCAGACAAGGUAACACAGCUGGUGCUGAAGGGCACGGGUGACCGCAGAGGUCUGAAAAUGACGUGGGCGCCCCCUAGAGGGGAGUGGGAUCAGUACGGAAUCCUGCUCUUCGACGGCUCGGCGGUGCAGGUGAAUGUCAGCGCGGGGAAUGACACGCGGGAGUACAGCUUCUCUGACCUCAGCCUGGUCCCUGGGAGGCUGUACAAGGCCGCAGUCACCGUGGAGAGCGGACAGCAGAGCAGCACCGAGUCCUGCCAAAAGAGAAUAGUCCCCGCAGAGGUCACACGUCUGUCCAUAGACAACGAGGGAAGCACAGACAGCCUGCGAGCCAGCUGGGAUCGUGCCACCGGUGACGCCGACUCGUACCGCGUGCUGCUCAUCCACGACACCACUGUCAUCAAAAACGAGACUGUGCCCGCUGACAUCACCUCCUACCACUUCCCCUCCCUGCGGCCUGGCACCCUCUACAGGGUGGCUGUGACAACUGUAAGCGGGGGGCUCCCCUCCGGAGAGGUGGUGGCUGAGGACCGUACAGUGCCGGCGGCCGUCAGGAAGGUAGCCGUCAGCAACAACGGACAGCGAGACUUACUCAGUGUGUCGUGGCAGCCCGGUCUCGGUGACGUGGAUAGCUACCAGGUCACCCUGCAGGACCCGAAGGUCGUCCCAUGUCUGAAGGUGUCCCGGUCCAGCCUGGAGUGCACCUUCAGCCAACUGGUGCCUGGGCGGCUCUACAACAUCUCCAUCGCCUCCCGGAGUGGGAGCUAUGAGAACCACACGGUGGUGCAGGAACGCACACGACCCUCAAGUGUGCAGACUCCAAGGGCGAUCCACUCAGCCCGUAACGACUACCUGAAGGUUAAUUGGGGACCCGCUACUGGAGACUUUGAUUUCUACCAGGUGGCCAUCAAGCACAACAACGUUGUCCUGCAGAACCAGACGGUGGGCAGGUCUCAGAGCGAGUGCGUGUUCCACUCGCUGGUGCCGGGCCGCCAGUACACUGUCCACAUCAGCACCUGGAGCGGGAAGUACGAGUCCAGCGUGUCCACAGACGGCCGGACGUUCCCGGCGGCUGUGACCUCCCUCACCCUGGCUGACCGAGGCACGGAGGACCUGCUGGUGACUUGGGAGGCCGCCCCCGGAGAUGUGGACCACUAUGAGGUGCAGCUGUUCUACAACGACAUGAGAGUGCUCCCGCCCACCGCGCUGAGCAGCACGGCCCGCGAGUACCGGCCCGUCUCCCUCACCCCCGGGCGCCUCUACAAGGUCGUGGUGUCCACCUUCAGCGGGUCCGACCAGAAGGGCGAAUUCAUCAAGUGUAGGACGGUGCCCAGCAAGGUGAAGAACAUCCACGUGAGCAACGAGGGAGAAAGCAGCAUCCUGAAGGUCAACUGGACACCGGGGCAGGGUGAUGUGGACAGCUACUCCGUAUCCCUGUCCCAGGGAGAGCAGCAGCUAGAGACACGGCCUGUCGCAAAGAACAUCAACGAGAUGAGCUUCCAGAAGCUCACGCCGGGCCAGAAGUACACCAUCACCAUCCAGUCCAUCAGCGGGGACCUGAACAAUAACAGCACAGCCAGCGGGCGCACUGUGCCUUCCACGGUGGAAGGCCUGCAGGUGGACAACCAGCAGAGCACCCACCAGCUGCAGGCCUCCUGGCAGGCCGGCCCAGGCAUUGCCGACGGUUACAGCCUGCGGCUGCUGGAUGACAGGGGGAACCAGCUCUCCAACAUCUCUCAGCCCUCCAACUCCACCCAGCACCUCUUUGAGCAGCUCACCCCGGGGAAGACGUACCGCGUCCAGAUUCAGACGCUGAGCGGGGGAAUACCCAGCAAGGACACCACCGCUAAGACCCAGACACGCCCCGCAGCGGUACCUUCUCUGGCCGUCACGGCCAACAGCAGCAGCAGCGUGACCCUGGGCUGGGGUGCGGCACAGGGCGAGCUGGACGGCUACGAUGUGCUGCUGUACGACGCUGCCAGCGAGCUCCGGGGCAGCCAUCACGCAGGGCCAGCCGCGCGUGGCUACUCCUUCCGGGAUUUGCGGCCAGGCACCCAGUACAAGGUGGUGGUGCGGACCCGCAGCGGCACACAGAGUAACGAAACCUCCAUCUGGACCAGGACUGUUCCUGCCCCCGCCACGGCCCUCCAGGCCCGGAACCGGAACCAGACGGACAGCCUGUGGCUGAGCUGGAUCCGGCCCGUCGGCGACCUCAGCAGCUACUUGCUCUUCGUCUCUGGCGCCAACGGCUCCCAGAACCUCGAGUUACCCCCCGAGCGCCAGGAGCACGUCCUCCAGAACCUUCUCCCAGGGCACCUGUACCAGGUGGAGCUCCGCACCUGUAGCGGGGAGCUGACCAUCGCUGCCAGAACGGAGGGGAGGACCGCACCAGAGUCCCCCACAUUGCUGUCCUUCCCGAGGAUCACCAACACCUCAGUAGAGAUCCAGUGGAGCGUGCCGCUUGCCGGUGAAUACGACGACUUUGAUCUGCAGUGGACGCCGCAUGAUGCCCUGUCCGUGUCGAAAGGCCAUCCCGCUCCCAAUGUGGCCAGCCGUCUCCUGAAGGGUCUCUACCCCGGCCGGCUGUACACCUUCAGCGUCCGCACCGUGAGCGGAGGCGGGGCUGCCAGGGACUCGCCCACCUACAGCCAGCCCAUCUACAAGAACGUCCAGACCAAGCCGGGCCAACUGCACCACAUCCACUGCCGCCCCCAGAGCUCCACCUCCAUCUCCUGCUCGUGGAGCGCCCCAGAGUCUGACUACGACUCCUACGUCGUUGAGUGCAUGCGGCGGAGCACACGUGUGGCGGUGUAUGAGCAGCGCGUGUCGUGCAACACUACCCUCCACGUCAUCGGCCAGCUGGAACCACACCGGCACUAUACCAUCUCUGUGCGGGUCGUCUCGGGCAGCGCUGCCAGCGAGGCAGUCGAGGACAGCGCUGUCACCAUGAUCGACCGACCCCCCGUGCCGCCGUUCACCACUCGAAUUGGCGAGGCGGUCACCCACAUCACUCAGUCCGGCAUCUCCUUCCAGUUUAACUGCAGCUGGUUCAGUGACGUCAACGGGGCCAUCAAGUUCUUCGCCAUCAUCGUGACAGAGUCGGACGCCACAGACACUGAAAGCUUGCAGCCAGACCAACAGCACCCGCUACCCGCCUACCUGGACUACAAGCACAAUAGCUCCAUCAAGGCAUACCAGACCAGAUACUUUCCCAGCCGCUGCACGGCGGACCCAGAGAAUGGUGCAGAGGGCAUCGAGAUCAGCCUGGGAACUGGCAUGGAUGUCCUGGGAGGGAGGUGUGAUCUGGAUCCUGAUCAGAACCAGAACACCUUCUGUGAUGGGCCACUGAAGCCCAAGACAGCCUACAGGCUCAGCGUCCGUGCCUUCACGCAGCUCCAGGAUGAUGAACAGAAGGAGACACUUCAGGCUCUGUACGCAGACACCUUCCUCUCCCUGCCCCUGGUGACCGAAGCUGAGCCUCUCAAUGGAGUCAUCGAGGGCAUUGGCGCCGGAAUGUUUCUCAUCGCUAUGGUGAUUGGGGUCACUGCAUUGCUUAUCUGCCGGCAGAAAUCCCGCAAAGUAUCUCAAGUGUCAGUAGCCGGUGUUCUCUUGCCUUAUAACAACGGCAUGGUAUGGAACAAUCCCAGCUACUGUGAUUACCGGAAUGUACAGGAGCGCCCUCUGGUCCGAAUGAACUCGCGGAAAGACAAGCCCACACCAGGGAUGGUCCUGGGCGUCAGAAGCAAUCGUCGCAUUUCAAGCCCCAUCAAAGCUGCUUACUUCGAGUACCACCUUGCCAAACUGCUGGCUGACUCCAGCUACUUUCUCUCUGAGGAGUUCGAGGACCUGAAAGACGUUGGCCGAAACCAGUCACUCGACACAGCUCUCCUGCCUGAAAACAGAAGCAAGAAUCGCUACAACAACAUACUGCCCUACGACUCUACGAGGGUGAAGCUGUCCUACGUGGACGAUGACCCAUGCUCCGAUUACCUCAACGCCAGCUACAUCCCGGGCAACAGCUUCCGGCGGGAGUACAUCGCCACCCAGGGCCCAUUGCCUGGAACCAAGGACGACUUCUGGAAGAUGGUGUGGGAACAGAACGUGCACAACAUCGUCAUGGUGACACAGUGUGUGGAGAAGGGCCGGGUGAAGUGUGACCGGUACUGGCCUGUGGAUCAGGACGCCCUGUAUUACGGAGACCUCAUUGUCCAAAUGCAGUCCGAGUCGGUGCUGCCCGAGUGGACCAUUCGUGAAUUCACCAUCUGCAACGAGGACCAAGUGAGGUACUCCAGAGUUGUCCGGCAAUUCCAUUACACCGUCUGGCCUGACCAUGGCGUCCCAGAGACAACGCAGUCGCUGGUGCAAUUUGUGAGGACCGUCAGGGACUACAUCAACCGCACGCCCAGCUCCGGUCCUACUGUGGUGCACUGCAGCGCCGGAGUGGGCCGAACCGGCACCUUCAUCGCCCUGGACCGGGCCCUGCAGCAGCUAGACGCUAAGGACACGGUGGACAUCUACGGCGCUGUGUUUGACCUCCGGCUGCACCGCUCCCACAUGGUCCAGACCGAGUGCCAGUACGCCUACCUGCACCAGUGCGUGCGGGACGUCCUAAGAGCCAGGAAGCUGCGGCACGAGCAGGAGAAUCCACUGUACCCCAUUUACGAGAACGUGGGCCCGGACUUCCGCCGUGAACUGGUGUACACCAGACGCUGAAGCAGCCAGCACGCCCCAGCGAAUGAGGAACCUGCUUUCACAGCGAGGCACGCAGGAAGUUUUUAUAUCAACCUGCAGUUAUUUUUAUGUAUCAAAUGUACGCAUGGUUUCCCAGCAUCUCUCAGUAGCUGUUUAAGCUAUUUAAAUAUAAGAUAGUAUUGUAUAUCUGCAUCUCAUAUAUUUAUAUAUAUUUUUCCACAUGUGCUAUUCUCUGGGUUCACACCAGUCUUUUUUUCAUAUAAGCUAGUACAUUUGCACGUAAGCCAAAAUGACUGCCUAAACUUACCAGAACGCAGACGAAAGACAAGUUAGGAUGUAAACGAAUUAACGGCUGAAACUGUCCAGAUGGAUCGAACACAGAACAAAGCCAUUGCCUUCAAGCACUUAUAACGUACAAGACGAUCUCAGAAUAUAAACGCAGACAAGCAGACUCUCAUUGUGUUAAAUUUAGCAUUCUGUCAAAUUUACCUUGUUAAAAAAAAAAAAUCAAAUUUGCUUAAUUGCAUGCAUCAUUUUUGUUGAUACAUCACAUAAUUCCAGUGAUGUAUGGCCUAACAGAAUCUCACCCAGGAGAGCAGAAGAUAUACUGAAGAUAUACCAUUUGUUCCUGAGCCUGGUUAGCAUUUCCUGUUACUCAUUCUGCACUUUAUAGUGCAGGAAAUUCUUCACCAGCUCAUUACCGGUGUAUUUUAUGACACAUUUAUAUAAAAAGAAAAGAAAUCCCACCAGUUCCUUACAAGUCCCAUUUUCUGCUUAAUGUAACACAGAAAUAUCUCUCCAUGUACAAAUAUAUGUAUCCAAGCUACCAAGCUCUCGGCAGACAUCUACAUAACUAUUUAAAAUAUCUAUUGUGCCCCAAUAACAAGCUUUGUUUUAUUCUGUGAGAGAAAUUAAAUGCAAAAAACUUAUCAGUCUUGCCCUGCUAAUGCAGAUUUUCUGUCUAUUUUACGAUCUAACCAUUCCAGAGUUAAUGUCAGUGCCUAUUAUUCCAUUAUAAAUGCACUGUGAAUUCCUAAUUCAUGGGCCUGUGGUUUGUCAGGACUCCCUGGUUACAUGGUUACAUGAUCUCUUUCGCUGGUUAGUUGGUGUAGAAGGGGACAGCUUUUGACAAUCAGACUGUGGAAAAGGGUUUUAUAGAACUUUUUUUUUAUAUAGAAGAAUGAGAUCUUGAGUUACUUCAUAACUUAAAAAACAGCACUGAGUGAAGCAAUCGCUCAUGACUCAUGAGUCACAUGCACAUAUAUUAUUGUGGGGAUGGUGUGUGUGGCUCAGUGGGCUAAGCCUCCGUGCCUGUGAUUAGUAGGUUGCUGGUUCAUGCGUGGCCUCGGCAGAAUAGUCACAUGUCUGAGGGCUGUGGAGUGAGGCCCUUAACCCCCAGUUCCCUGGGCACCACAAGGUGGCUGCUCCUUGCUGUGACCCCCCCCCCCAAGCAUAUACAUCAUUAUUGGUAUGGAAUCAUCAUCAAGUCAUGCUCUAAUAUUCUUCCAGAGUAAACACUCAUGAAUGGGGCAUAGCUAGAAAUUCUGCCCCCCCUCCCCCACAAACCACCUUAUGCGGGGGGGCUGAAUCAGCCAGGGUCUCCAUGCCCCUCCAAUACCUAUGCUGACAUGCACAUAUAUUUUUAUAUCAUAAAAGAUAUGGAAUCACUAAGUCCAGUGCAAAUAUUCCAUCAAAGUAAACAUUCAUGAGUCACAUGCACAUGAAGUAUUACAUCGUACAAUGAAUGAAAUCGCAGACGAGUCACAUGCAAAUAUAGCAGAACACAUUGUGCCGUAAAGGACAACACAAAAUUACACCAGUCAGUACUCACUGGAUGUAUUUCCAGCAUCAUGUUUGUGUAGUAGAUAUUUAAGAGAGAUUAUAUGUAAACUGUAGCAUAUAUAAUCAUAGCUGUUAUAAACUGCAUUUAAAAAUGAUUGCUAGAAUGUGCAUAACGUGUUGAUACACAGUGUAUCGUUUAACAUUUUAUGCAAUAGAUUUAUUGCAGGCUAAAGUGGACAGAUGAAGUUACUGCUUCAGUAAAAAAAGUACUUAUUUUUAUAUAAGAGUAAAAAUACAAUAAAAAAAAAACAUUUCAAAAGGAAAACAAAAAAAAGAACACAGAUAUAUAUGGUUAAUGGAAUAUAAACACUUAAAGAACUAUAUGCGGGACUUAAGGUAGCGGAGACUUGCGUGCAUUAUAAGGGACCACUUGAAAUUCCUAAAUGCAUUUUGAAAUGUGAGAUUAAAUUACAGAAUGCAGAGAUAUGUACAUUUGCCUUAUGGAGACUAAUAUCUGUAUCUUAUUUUAACAAUAUUUUAACAAAUAUUUUACCUACAUAUCAAAAUGCAUAUGUGCAUUCACAUGUUUAAUCUGCUUGGCAUAUUAUCUUUGAACAUUAAUGACAUCAUCUAUAGUUGCCCUUUAAUAACUGGAUUGGCAGGUUGGCUUUGUUUACCCAUCACCCCAGGGUCCUUUCCGACUGCCAGCUUUGAUGGCCUAAUCCACAGGGGCAGAGUGGAAGUUUUUAACCAAUUUACCGAUCAGAAAUAUCCUGCUUUUUGAAUUGCUAGCUUCCUAAAUGUGGUGCUCAUUGUAAACCAUGUAUUCUGUUUUGUCGCUCAAGUGAGCUCUUAAUUAGGCUUGGUUAAGAUACUGAAUAAUGCCUGUAUUGCACAACUAAAAUCAUGUAACGGAACAGGUUACUCAAGAACCAGACAUUUCUCAUGUUAUCCAAUAAAGAAACUAAAAUUUGUGCUAAUAAAAUAUAUUCUCUGCAUGUGAUCGUUUAUCAAACUAUAGCAGAACGCAGUUUACAAAUGGGAAUGUAUUAUAUACAUCAAUUACUCAAGGUCAGCAGAUGAAUACUGAACUAGUUGAAUAUUGAAUAUUUGAAAGAUUAGUCAAUAAUGAAUCUUAAUUUUACCAUAUUUAAAACACUAUUUAGAGCCAUUUGUUGUUGUAAUGGUUAUUACAGAAACCAGUGUGGUCCAGAGUCAUCAGCAUGCUGCCGUUAAUCACAAUCAUUAAAAUUUAAGCAUCUCAUUCACCUAAAGCACAGUCAGGCCUCAUUAAGAGCUUCACAGUACUUAAAGCUAAGCUAACAAGGAGCAGGAUUUAUAUAGCUAACGAUGCGUACUGACACCUAUGUAUGCGAUACAUAGAAAUGCCUCCCAUAUAUGUAUUAUAUAUAUAUAAACAGAACUUCAGAAUUAGGAAACUGCCCCAUAUUAGAGAGUUCAUAUUUCUGAUUGGCUGAUGUCCUCAUAAUUGGACUUCUGUAUUAGGUGAAUGUGUUGACGCUUUAAAAAGUGUGUGACCUUUUUUGGUGGGGUCACGCCGCUGGUGUAAUGUGAAACGGACAGAACAGGCAAACUGUCAAGAAUAUAGCUGAUUUUAAGAAAUGCUUUACACUGUCUUGGAAGCAGAUAUGUCACAGAGGAUGGCAUCCAGUUUCCAUAAUGUAACAAUCUAUGUACAGUAUGUUACAUAUUUCCACUCAUUUCAAUGUUCUAUGAAUGUUAUUAAAAUAACGGCCAGUUGAUGCAA